AGUUCUUUUUCUCCUCUUCUAUUGAAAGUCAGAGUUGGCCGUGACGCGCGGCCCAAGGGAAGAGAGUACGCACAUCUCCGCACAAUGCUGCAAGCAUCCAGCCUUCUGCCGUGUGGGAAUCAUCACUCUUUUUAAGAGACACUAACACUCUGAUUUUUGGUUUGGUUUUUCUACCUCCUCUUCUUCUUCCUCAUCGGUGAAUGCGGUGCAAAGGCGGCGGAGACCUCCGGAUCACGCAAUGUUGGGAUGGACGGCGCACACUAUUUUGACUCGCCCUCUCCAAGCGGACUAUGAGGUCCCCCCUCCGAGUGAAACUUUGUCGGAUUGCGCCGCCGUCGUCGCCGUCUUUCGGGGAGACACACUCGAGUGGGAAUCGCUGAGCAGCGCGCAGUCCCCGCAACAUGGCCUCGGCUGCUAGUGCGCCCCCCGAGCCGGGGACAGGAGAGUCCGGCCGGCCGAGGCUAACGCGGAGGACCCAGAGGAGCUCCAGCCGCGACCUGCCGCCGCAUCCUCCGCCGCAGCCGCCGGAUUUGGACUACCUGCAGCGGCCGAGCUACUGCGACGCGGGCUUCGCUUUGGAACAGAUCUCCCAGGGGAAAGCAACCGGGAGGAAAGCGCCGCUGUGGCUGAGAGCAAAGUUCCAGAGACUUUUAUUCAGGCUGGGCUGUUAUAUACAAAAGAACUGUGGAAAGUUUUUAGUGGUGGGCCUCAUGAUUUUCGGAGCUUUCGCGGUGGGCUUACGAGCGGCUAAUUUGGAGACGGACGUGGAGAAACUUUGGGUGGAAGUGGGCGGGCGUGUGAACCAGGAACUCAAGUACACGCGGCAGAAGAUCGGCGAGGAGGCCAUGUUUAACCCGCAGCUCAUGAUCCAGACACCGCGGGAGGAGGGAGCCAGCGUUUUGACGGUGAACGCACUGUUGCAGCACCUGGAGUCAGCCAUGCGAGCCAGUAGAGUUCAUGUCUACCUUUAUAACCGACAAUGGAAAUUAGAACACUUGUGCUACAAAUCAGGAGAACUAGUCACGGAAACACAUUUCAUGGAUCAGAUCAUAGAAAAGCUUCAUCCUUGUCUCAUCAUCACACCUCUUGACUGUUUCUGGGAGGGGGCCAAGCUUCAUUCUGGGAUGGUCUAUCUUCCAGGUAAAGACCCUCUGCAGUGGACCAACUUUGACCCCAAGGAGUUUCUUGACGACUUACGACGGGACCACUUCCCGGUGGACACCUUUGAGGAGAUGCUGGAAAAAGCCAACGUUGGACACGGCUACAUGGAUCGCCCCUGUCUGAACCCCGCCGACCCUGACUGCCCCCUCUCUGCACCCAACAAGAACUCCACCAAGGCGUUAGAUGUGGCGUGGACCCUGAGCGGCGGCUGCUAUGGGCUGUCCAGGAAGUACAUGCACUGGCAGGAGGAACUGAUUGUAGGCGGGACCACCAAGAACGGCAGCGGACCCCUGCUCAGCGCCCAGGCCUUACAGACUAUGUUCCAACUGAUGACUCCCAAGCAGAUGUUUGAGCACUUUCGGGGCUACGAGGAGGUUUCCCACAUCAACUGGAAUGAGGAGAAGGCUGCAGCCAUACUGGAAGCAUGGCAGAGGAGAUAUUCAGAGGCUGUGUUGCAGAGUGUGGCGGCCAACUCAUCCCAGAAGGUCUUGUCUUUCACCACCACCACACUGGAGGACAUCCUGAAGUCCUUCUCGGAUAUUAGCGUCAUCCGUGUGGCCAGCGGUUACUUACUGAUGCUGGCCUACGCAUGUCUGACCAUGCUGCGGUGGGACUGUGCCAAAUCUCAGGGGGCUGUAGGGUUGGCGGGUGUCCUGCUGGUGACAUUGUCAGUGGCGGCAGGUUUGGGACUCUGCUCUCUCUUGGGCAUUUCCUUUAAUGCAGCCACUACGCAGGUCCUGCCAUUUUUGGCUCUGGGUGUCGGCGUGGACGAUGUCUUCCUCCUCGCGCAUGCCUUUAGCGAGACGGGACAGAACAAGAGGAUCCCUUUCGAGGACCGCACGGGCGAGUGUUUGAAGAGGACCGGGGCCAGCGUGGCACUCACUUCCAUCAGCAACGUCACUGCGUUCUUCAUGGCGGCCCUCAUUCCCAUCCCUGCACUGCGAGCCUUCUCUCUGCAGGCUGCAGUGGUUGUGGUGUUUAACUUCGCCAUGGUGCUGCUCAUCUUUCCCGCUAUCCUUAGCAUGGAUCUUUACCGACGAGAAGACAGGCGCUUCGACAUUUUCUGUUGCUUCUACAGCCCAUGCGCCAACCGUGUGAUCCAGAUCGAGCCUCAGGCGUACCUGGAUGGAUCAGACGGGAGUCACUACAGCCCCCCACCGUCCUACUGCACAGCCCCGCCCUCAUACUGCACACCUCCCCCCGGCUACAGCAGCCCGCCGCCCUCCUACAGCAGCCACGGCUUUUCCCAGCAGACCCAGAUCACCAUGCAGUCCACCGUUCAGCUCAGGACCGAGUACGACCCCCGCACGCAGGCUUUCUACACCACAGCAGAGCCUAGGUCGCAGAUCUCCGUGCAGCCCAUCAACCCGCCUCGUAGCAGGAGCAACCCUCAUAAUGACUAUUACAGCAACAACAACAAUAAUAAUAACAAUAACAGCGGCAGGCGGAGUCAUGUUGCUUCUCGUUAUCAUCAUUAUCAUCCCGGGGCUGCACCACAGGAUUCUGCUUCAGGAAAUAACCAGAUCCCAGAGAACAACAGCUCCACACGGGACCUGAUCUCUCAAUUCGGGGAGGCCUCGCUGGGCAUAAGAUGCAUAGAGCCUCCCUGCACCCGCUGGACUCUGGCUUCUUUUGCUGAGAAGUACUACGCUCCGUUCCUUCUGCAGUCCACCACUAAGGUGGUGGUGAUCGCGCUCUUCCUCUGCUUGCUGGGAGUCAGCCUGUACGGGACCACCCAAGUGAGGGACGGCCUGGAGCUGACGGACAUCGUGCCCCGAGAAACCAGCGAAUACGAUUUCAUCGGCGCCCAGUUCAAGUUCUUCUCCUUCUACAACAUGUACGUGGUGACGCAGCGAGCCGAUUAUGCUCAGAAGCAGCCUCUGCUGCACCAGCUGCACCAGAGGUUCCGCACUAUUCGCUACGUGCUCAAGGAGGACAACGGACAGCUCCCUCCCAUGUGGCUUCACUACUUCAGGGACUGGCUGCUCGGUCUGCAGCAGGCAUUCGACAAGGACUGGGAGGCCGGUCGCAUCACUCUCAACAGCUACAAGAAUGGCUCUGACGAUGGAGUCCUGGCUUAUAAGCUUCUAGUGCAGACAGGACGUAGAGACAAGCCCAUAAACUUCAACCUGCUGACCCGCCAGAGACUUGUAGAUGCAGACGGUAUCAUCAACCCUGGAGCGUUCUACAUUUACCUGACCGCCUGGGUCAGCAAUGACCCAGUGGCGUACGCCGCGUCACAGGCCAACAUCCGCCCGCACCCUCCCGAGUGGCUCCAUGACCGCACCGACUCCAUGCCCGAAACGCGCCUCAGCAUCCCGGCCUCCGAGCCCAUCGAAUACGCACAGUUCCCCUUCUACCUCAACGGACUCCGAGAGACGCCGCAGUUUGUGGAGGCCAUCGAAAGCGUGCGAGCCAUCUGCAGCAACUACAGCCGCCAAGGCCUACCCUCCUACCCCAAUGGCUACCCGUUCCUCUUCUGGGAACAGUACGUCAGUCUGCGCCACUGGCUCCUGCUGUCCAUCAGCGUGGUGCUGGCCUGCACCUUUCUGGUCUGUGCCCUCUUCCUGCUCAACCCGUGGACGGCCGGCAUCAUUGUGCUGGUUCUGUCUCUCAUGACAGUGGAGCUGUUUGGCUUCAUGGGCUUGAUGGGAAUCAAGCUGAGCGCCGUCCCCGUGGUCAUCCUCAUCGCCUCUGUGGGCAUCGGGGUGGAGUUCACCGUCCAUGUGGCGCUGGCCUUCCUGACAGCCAUAGGGGACCGUCACAAGCGGGCAGUGCUGGCACUAGAGCACAUGUUUGCGCCGGUGCUUGACGGUGCCUUCUCCACGUUGUUAGGCGUUCUGAUGCUGGCGGGCUCGGAGUUCGACUUCAUCGUCAGGUAUUUCUUUGCAGUAUUGGCCAUCCUAACAGUUCUGGGGGUUCUGAACGGGUUGGUCCUUCUUCCAGUGUUGCUGUCCUACUUUGGGCCCUAUCCUGAGGUGUCUCCAGUCGAUGGUCGCAGCAGGUUACCCACCCCUGACUCCCCGUCCCACAUGGUCCACUUCUCAGUCCGCCCUCAUCCCACAGCGUCAGCCUCAACCACCUCGGGCGCGGCCUCGGACUCCUCAGAUUCCGAGUACAGCUCCAACAGCAGCGCAUCGGGCGUCAGCCAGGAGCUGCAGAGCUACAACAUGCCCUCUCACAGAGGACAAGCCGGAAUGCCACAGCAGCAAUACCACCUGCACACCACCAGGGGCAGGACAGAGGAGGACAGGAGGGCAGGAUCGGGGCACAGGCGGUCAGCCAGGCAGCCCGACCCCCCAUCUUGUAGAGUGUCCUCGUCUCAGGGUUGUAAUGCCGGGCCACCGCCCAGCACCACUCAACGUAACAGGGACCCCAAGGGCCAGCCACCCCGGCACGCCCAGCCUCCACCCCGGCCACGCACAGAUGCUUUUGAAACCUCGACCGAUCCCGACAGCCACUUUGCGGCUCACGGCCACAGGGAACACUUGGCGGGCCACCGGGGGCGUGCCCCCACUCACCACCACCCCAUCCCUUAUGGCCAGCCCAUCACCACAGUGACGGCGUCGGCUUCCGUCACCGUCGCCGUCCACUCCGCCGGCUCCUCUUACCCGGGAUACACUGCAACGGACAGUUUCUGCCAGGAGGAGCCCUCCUUCCAGGACCCACAUGUGCCUGUGGACCCCCACACAGGUGAAACCAAGGUGGAGGCCAUGGAGCUCCAGGAUCUGGAGUUUGAGGAAGCUGAAAGCAACAUAGGCAGGCGGGCCAGCUGAGUGGUGCUGUGUGUGCGUGUCAUGGCCAAAGAUGGAAUUUCUUCUUUUGUAAAGCUAAGCCUGGCACAGCUUCUGGUCCUCAUCAGCCUCCAGUGUUCCUGUCAUGGUGCUCAUUGUUGCUGUAGCCCGGUUGUCUCUUGUCUUAAAUAUAUGUUUGUCUAUAUUUAAAAACUUGUAUACAUAUGCACAUAUGAACAAAAACAAAGUAGCUAUAACAGACGGGGGCUGCCAUUUUUCAUGGCGUGUGUCUAAGUGAGAGUGAGAGAUGUUCAUUUACUGUUCACUCAUCUGAAUCUGUGCCCAUUAGAAAGGUCCAUUUGAACAAAAUAUGUCACUGCUCAUAUGUCAAUAUGUUGACAUCAUUGUACAAUUUGAACUAUGCAAAUGUAGGAAAGAGAGAGAGUGUGUGUGUGUGUGUGUGUGUGUGAGGGUAUAAAGUGACACAGUGUAAUGGAACAUAUUAGGGAUGGGCACUAUUGGCGGUGGGGGAAUGAUUUCACUCCAUUUAAAAAAAAAAAUCUCAUUCAAUCAUGGUGUUCUGAACUCCUAUUUCCGUGCCAGGGCGGAAUAAUGUUGCUUUGCCCAUGUGUGCAUUUAACUCAACAAGCCCAACGUCAAAUAGGUUUUUCUGGACUAAUUUCAGCGCAGUUUUGGUUAAUAUGUAUUUGUACAGUUUUCAUUCAUUCAUUUUCUACCGCUUUUCCUCACAAGGGUUGCGGUGGGUGCUGGAGCCUAUCCCAGCUGUCUUCGGGCGAAAGGCGGGGUACACCCUGGACUGGUUGCCAGCCAAUCACAGGGCACAUAUAGAUAAACAACCAUUCACACUCACAUUCAUACCUAUGGACAAUUUGGAGUCGCCAAUUAACCUAGCAUGUUUUUGGAAUGUGGGAGGAAACCGGAGUAUGCAAACUCCACACAGAGAUGGCUGAGGGUGGAAUUGAAAUUGGAACCCUGGUCUCCUAGCUGUGAGGUCUGCACGCUAACCACUCGACCGCCGUGCAGCCCUUGUACAGCUUUUUAUACAUAGAAUUUUAUUUGUAUAAAAUAUAACUUCCGUUCCUGCGUACCACUAGAUAGAGCCCAAAUAACUUGCAGCAAAUAAAUACAAUUAUUUUGCUUUGUGAAUUUAAUACAUAUUUUAUUUAUAUAUUUUGUAUAUUUCAAGUAUAGUUUUUAAAAAAUCCCUUUGCAAAAUUAUGUAUCUCAAUACUUUAGACCGGGGUGUACAAAGUGCAGCCUGGAGGCCAUUUGCAACCUGCAGCUUGUUUUGUUUAUUAGCCAUUGUAAAAAUAAAGUUUAAAUAAAUAAAAAUGCAAAAUGUAAAGCAAAUUACUAUAAAAUAAAAUAAUAAUAUAAUAAUGAAUAAUAAUAUAAUAUAUAAUAUAAUAAUAAAAAUAAAAUACAUAAAAAUAUUGAAGCGGUCCCUCGCAUCCUUUGAUUUUCAGUAUAAAAAGUAUGGACACGCCUCAACAGCGCCCCUGCUGGUCUCAGCCAAGUACUGAACUCCUCCAUUCCUUCAAUUCCAUCCCAUUCAUAACAAAUGAUGAACCCAUCCGUGUGCCCAUCCCUAGAUCAUAAACCCGAACCUUCCCGGCCUCACUUUUACGCUCAUUUAAAACGAUGACAGACAUUGUUAAUUUAAGUGUGUGCAUGUGUGUGUAUAUAAAGGUGUAUGAUGAUGACUGUACAAAGGUACGCAUGUUAAAAUAUCACAAACCUGUGGUAGUUUUGUAACAAUAACUGUUUUAACUCGACAUGCUAUGCGUGCUAUUUAAGACAAGCAGAUACAGUAUGAAGAUUUUUUCAUUUUCUUUGUCUUUUUUUUUUUUUAAUUAAGCUGUUUGUUUUGAAAGUCACUGCCUCAGCAUCGGCACCUGUUAGUGCACUCAGCUUUAUAUCAGCGUGUUAGUAUUUCUUGUUCUGUAUUAUUUAACCAUAGCAGGGUAAAAAAAAAACAAAAAACAACUGGUUUUGUCCACCUCAGAAACUUCUGGAACAGGGUCCACGUGUGGCUCUGCAUCUAGCGGAUAAGCUAACCACAUACUGUACAAGUGGACGCAAUAUGGCACUUGACUUCAACUCACCGGAACGUCGCUCCCCUCCCCUCACGUAGCUCUUGUUUUUUCUCGUUCUCGCCAACCGAUAAGCUCGCUAACACCCACAUAGCCUGCUAAUGGCUAAAAUGCUACAUACGUAUCCAUACCGUUCUCCAUCUUGGUUCGUGUCAUUAGUGAAGUAAAAGUAUAAAACAAGCUUCAGCUGCCCGCCACGCUAAUUCGCCAUGUUAGCGCUAUGAUGCUAACAGGAUACACGCUUCCUUCAAUGCCAAAUGACAUAGCCCUUCACUUCCUGUUUAAUCUGCAUCACUUCCUGUCCAUGAGCUGCUUGGAUGAAAUAGGGUGUUUUUUUGUUUGUUUUGUUUUAUUUUCUCCACUUGUCAUAUUGGCAUUAGUGGAGGGAAUCCUAGCUGGCAACUAUUUCAUUCAAUUUUUUAUAUAUUUUUUGUUUUCAACACUCAAUUGCGAUAUUUAUAUUUUUGUAAUAUAAGGUGUUUUUUGUCAUUAUUGUUGUGAUGCCAGUGGAUAACAAAUGCAGGGAUUUUUAUUGAAAAAAAACACUAUUACAGUUAAAGUUUUGACAUUAAUGGAGUUUUGAUCUGUAUAAAGUGCUUACUAAUGUUAAAUAGGAGAGAAGAUUAUAUAACAUUUUACACUACAGGUCUCAUCAUAGCUCUUAGAGAAUUGUUUAAAUAGAAAAUGAAAAAAAAAAACAGAUCAGUGAUUCUUCCAGUCGGUUGGCAUGGAUGUAUGCUGUUUUUCAUUUACAAAGAUAAAUGUAUGCCAUAUAAUUUAUUUAUAUGAAAAUUUAUUUUUGUAGUGUACAUAGUAGUUGUCAAGACUGUUUGACAGAAGUAUAUUUUAAAGAGUUUAUAUGUAAUGAUAUUACAGUGCCAUAACGGGAAAGGAGAAUUGUUUUUUUGUUUUGUUUUUUUAAAGGUGCACACUUGUGAUUUGAAACCGUCUUGUGAGACAACGUCAACACCUCCCCUUCAGUAUUACACAGCUGUUUGUGUGGCCAUCAAACAUUGUACGAGCUCGCAAAAAUAUUCAUGUUCAAACACUGAUAGAAUUCUAACAAAUAAUAAAAAAUAUAACUUA